AUGGACGGCGAUGUGACAAAGCAGGAGACGUCGCACAGCGGCGAGGACACGCAGCGCGCUCGCCGUGUGAUGUUCGCCGAUGAGGUGGGGGUGCAGGGCCGUUCCCAUCAUAACCACCCCAGCAAGGAUGGGGACGGCAGUGGCAGGCAGCAACAUCCGGCGGCUGCAGCAGACGGCCCCCCAUUAGCGGAGGAGGAUGUGAGGCACAGUGCAAACGAGCAUACGGGCCCUGGGGGAAGGAGCAACCGAAGGCAGCGCAGGCGUGGCGGCCCCGCAAAGGUGGCGGCGGUGAUAGCGGAGGCGCUUGUCUUUGACGAGGACACGGAGGAGGACGCCAAGCAGCGCCUGGACGACCACGCCCUGCUAUUGUCUGCGGAUGAGAACACCGAAAGGCUUCAACUGGAGGUGAUGGAAUUGCAGGAGCAGGAUGAAAUUUGCAAGGCGCACCGCGCCCUGCGGGGGCAGCAGCUGCACCGCAAUGGAAACCCGGGUGCCAGAUCUGGUGGGAGCCACCACUGCGAAGGGGCAGCCGAUAUGGCUCCCGUAGGCAACAUCCCCGUGGCUGAGACGAAACCGCCGGCGGCUCCACCAGUGGAGCCGCCCAGGGGGGGCGACGCGAAGGUCUCCAAAGGCCCAUUGGCAGUGAACGGGUUUACAGCAUGGGCCACUUCGCUUUUGGCUGCAUUUUAUGCGGCCGGUGCCGUCUGGCGUCGUCAAGCGUGGCGGCUGCUCCUAGCUCUGCUUGUCUUACUGCUUUGCCGAAGGCUCCUACUCCGAGCGUCUCCCCCGCCCUAA